AUGGCUAUCGAUGAAGGUGAAAGCGGCCCCAAGCAUCUCAAUAGCUCUGAGUUGCUCAAGAAGAUCGACAAGCUGAGAGAGAAAAAUAUUGGAAAGCAUGUUCCCCUUCCUCAGUUGGUUGUUGUUGGAGACCAGAGUUCUGGAAAAUCCUCUCUUCUGGCAAGCCUGACCAAGAUUCCAUUUCCCCGUGAUUUGGAACUCUGUACCCGUUAUGCCACGCAGAUAACCUCCCGGCGUGAGGUGGAUCCCUCUGUUGAGAUUUCCAUUAUCCCUGCCCUGGAUGCAUCCAGGGAGCACAGGGCGAAGGUACAGGGCUUUAAGAGGACCCUCAGGGGCGCCGAAGACUUUCGCUCAGAAUUUCCAGAAAUCCUGAAGGAGGUCGACGAAUGUAUGGGAAUUCGUACUGACCUUUCGUCUAAGCAAGGAUCGGUCUUCAGCAAAGAUGUGCUCCGCAUCGAGCUAUGCGGGCCUGAAGAGGACUACCUGACCGUCAUAGACGUGCCGGGAAUCUUCAGAGACCCGACGGCGGGCAUUACAACUGAGAGUGAUAUCGAGCUAGUUCGAAAUAUGGUCAAGAACUAUAUCAAAGAUUCCCGCACCGUGAUCUUGGCUGUGCUCCCGAGCAACGUCGAUCUUGCUACCCAGGAGAUCCUCAAGCUGGCCAAAGAUUAUGAUGGAAAUGGAGAGCGUACGCUUGGUGUGCUAACCAAACCCGAUCUGGUGAUCGAGGAAAGCGCAAAGACAGCUUUGUGUUCACUCGUCCUGGGACGCAAGAGACCGCUGACACUUGGCUAUUACUUGGUCAGAAACCAGGGCGCAGAUCAAGACACUUCUUUCAGUGGUGAGGAAGGAGAAAGAAUGUUUGACAGCCAGCCUUGGAAUACCUUGCCGAGAGACCGUAUUGGCAUCCAGGCCCUAAGAGAACGGCUGGGAGAACUCCUGAGCGAAGUUACGGAGCGCGAAUUCCCUGAGCUGCGUAAAGAUAUCAAAAACCAGUUUGAUAGAUGCCAGCAAGAUCUGGAACUCCUGGGCCCUGCACGCCAAACCGAACGGCAACAGCGUGCGUUUCUGAGUGGUUUGGCUCGUCAGUUCCAGAGCUUCACACGAGCUGCACGGGACGCCAAUUAUGCAGAAAAUGAAGCAUUCCGGGACUGUGAGUCCAGGCUUCUGACGCACAUUGUAAAUCUUUCCGAAUCAUUCAGCUCCAAGUUCCAUGAUAAAGCACAUCUCUUCCCAUUUGAUUGCCCUGGCUCGGAUACACAAGACACUCAUAACUUGAACGGCCAGGACACUACUAUCACCGACAAAUGUCGUGCGUUCGAAGAUCUUGAUCCUACAGACUUCCCGGAACUGGAGCACAUCGUUAGCUGCGUGGUGGAGUCUGAAGACCCUGAAAGCGAUGUCAAAACUUGGAUCAAGGAGCUCUAUAUCAGCUCUCGAGGGCUUGACUUAGGUACCUUUGGAAGCAAUGUUCUCUCCAGUGCUUUCAGAGAGCAGAGCACCAAGUGGGAAGCCAUGGCACAGGAACACGUGAGUAAUGCUAUCAUGGUGGUUCAUCGUUUCCUGAGUGUUGCAUUAAACAACUUGUGUGGAAGCAAACAGCUUUAUGACAAAAUUUGGUCCAGCAUUCUCGAUGAGCUUCUGGAAAGAUACAAAAAAGCCAUGUCCCAGGCUCUUUUCCUGGUAUCGGUUGAGAGGAACCGCCGGCCAUAUACUCUGAACAAGCGUUUUAACGAAACCCUCCAGAAGCUGCGCAGCGCCCGUGUAGCUCAGGCAUUGGAGGACAAUGCCAGAGUUGACAAAGAUUCUUGGAUAAUGAAGGUAGUCGAUAUGGAUGCUAUCAAGAAGACUGCCCGCAACCAGGGGAAUGUGGAACAUAUCAUUGGAGAAAUUCAUGACAUCCUGUGGUCCUACUAUCAAGUCGCACGCGAAAGAUUUGUGGAUAAUGUUCACAUGCAAGCAGUCGAGCAUUGUCUCCUGACUGGUCCUGAGAGCCCCCUCGAAGUGUUUAGCCAGGAAUGGGUACUCAAUCUAGAGGCGGAUGAGCUGGGAGCAAUCGCGGGCGAAUCGCAGGCGAUUAAAGCCCGGCGUACCAACCUGAAGCAGAAGAUGGAGGAUUUGAAGGCUGCUCUACAAACCUUGAAGUUCUGAGAUUGUGAUGAUUUGAUAUUCGAUGUUUUUUUAUGCUGACAUUUCUGUUCCUAUGCAAACUGCCAUGCAGAAAUAGUAAUAAUACUCACAACAAUAUGAUCUGACAAUGCUAUUUGACCUAGUGAUGCACAAC